AUCCCACCCAUAUACCACUUAUAUCCCCACCCUAAUAUUAUACAACCAGUAUAGUCCAGAUAAUUCUCCACCAUCUGUCCACAGAGAUCACGUCACCAGGUCAAUGAGGAUGGAGGAGGACCGGAGUCGCAUGACUGAGAGGAUACUAAACCUCACCCUGGAGAUCAUCUACCUGCUGACCGGAGAGAGUUUUCCUCUUCUGAAGUCAGGUGAUCAUGUGACCAUCACAGUGCCCCCAUGUGACUCCCUAAAACCUGAGAGACACAUCAUGCAGAAGAUUCUAGAAGUCACCAAGAAGAUGACUGAGCUACUGACAGGAGAGGUUCCUAUAAGGUGUUAGGAUGUCUCUGUCCAUUCCUCCAUGUAGGAGCGGGAUUAUUUAGAAGGACACCGGGAUCUCUACAAGGAUGUCAUGA